AAAGCCUCGAGCUUUGAGAGACAAAUUCAUGGAUUCUUCGCCAGUUUCCGGUCGAUUCGAUAUAUUCGAGAUUUAUCGCAGAUUUUGUGCUAUUCGAUCAGGACAACAAUUAUGUAGUGAUAAACCCGGUGACGGCGAAGAAUCACAAAGAUUUAACUUAUCUAAAGAAGCAUUAACUCAGCUCUUAUAUCUAGUAGAGAAUAAGUUUCAAGCAAGGAACUCGAUUUUUGAUGAAUUGUUCAAGUUGAUGUCACGGUUGGACUUAAUGGCAAGUUGUUUCGUGGACUUUUCCGAGUUUACCUGCUUUUACGAUUUUGUUUUCUUUAUGUGCCGCGAGAAUGGACAAAAGAAUAUAACUAUAAGUAGAGCUAUAACCGCAUGGAAACUUGUUUUGGCUGGGAGAUUUAGGUUACUUAACCGCUGGUGUGACUUUAUCGAGAAAAAUCAACGGCACAAUAUUUCAGAAGAUACUUGGCAACAAGUCUUAGCGUUUAGUCGUUGUGUACAUGAGAAUCUAGAAGGAUAUGACUCUGAAGGUGCAUGGCCUGUCCUAAUAGAUGACUUUGUGGAGCAUAUGUACAGCAUUUUAGGACCGAAUAAGGACACUAGCUUGUUCUGCAAAUGUGGUGACACAGAAUCUGAAUCAUGCCUCUAUCAAGAAGAUGAGCAUCACAAAGAUUAUCGCCGCCCCCACACGGGUUUAAGAAACAUUCCAGGUUUAAAGAGAAAAACAUCUAACAACAAUGGCGACGAAGAAGAAGAUGAAGAAGUAUCAGAAACCAAAACCUACUCUUCGUCACUAAGCUUAAAACGAAUCAAAACCAACAACAGUCCAAGAUGUUCAUCCAAGUCUCCUUGUGCAAUCGAGCGAAGUCUCUCACAAGGUUUUGCGAGUCUUUUAUCGACUGGAGAUAAGCCAUGAAACACCGUCGCACAUAAAUAUAGAUUAUACAAAACAAAAGAGGUCUCAAGCUGUUGUCUCAUUUUUUCUACCUGAGAACCUCACUUCUUUAAUUGACAGUUGAGUUCUUCUUUGUUGUAAACUAUAGAAUAAUGUGUUCCUUAAUCCAUUAAUAAUUUGAUCUUUUUCCA